AUGGCUGUUAUUUUUCUGUUGCAGUGCAUCACUUCAACUCUCAUGCCUGUUCGUUCGAGCAAUCUCCCUUGGCCGGUUCGUCACAAACCAGGACGAAAUCUGAUGAAAAAUGGGGAGCUUGUUGCAACGAUUCAAUGAAUGGGAGAUCCAACUGCUUGUGCUUCUCAGCUUCGUGCUACAAAUAUUCCUCUUCUUUACUGGUCGCCUUCGGCAACGUGGCGCCAAGUUUCUUAGUGGCACCAUUUGGGUAGCUUACUUGGUGGCAGACUUGAUAGCAGUUUACGCCCUUGGUUUGCUGUCAAAACAAGAAGCGAACGCAGUGACAGAAAACCAGAACCCAAUAGCUUUCUUUUGGGCGCCCUUCCUACUCAUUCAUCUUGGCGGACAGGACACCAUCACUGCUUUUUCCUUGGAGGACAACAGCUUGUGGUUGAGGCAUUUGUUGAAUCUGAUAGUCCAAGUGGUCCUAGCUUUGUAUGUCUUCUGGAAGUCUACUGCUUGGCGCAAUGUGUGGCUUCUUGUUCCGGGCAUCUUCAUGUUUAUUGCUGGAAUCAUCAAGUAUGGGGAGAGGACGAUGGCUCUCAUGUGCGGGAACCUACAAAACAUCAGUACUGGCUACAAUAGCGAAGAAGGUAACAAGUUCACCCAUCAAGAACUUGAUCGGGAGGAUAGCUACUCUAGCAUUGUUUGUUUUUCAUUGGAUUCAGCGCCAAUUGUUCGCCAUUUAUUUGCUGGAUUUACGCUCUUCCAGAUACCGGAAGGCUUCCGUGCAGCAACUUGGAUGAGCUAUGCUCUAUCAGAUGAAGUUCAGUUGGCCAAGCUGGUCAAGUUGGUUGAUGUUGAACUUGGUAUCAUGUAUUGUGAUGUCUAUACCAAGGCCGCAGUGCUUCGGACAAGGCAUGGCAUUAUGCUUCUGUGCACGUCUCAAUUAGCAGCCAUGGUUGCCCUUGUGCUCUUCAUAGUUGGCAACAAGAAACAAAGAUACUACCGCAGAGCCGACAUUGGAAUCACCUACACAUUAUUUGCUGGAAGCUUUUUUCUGGAAGUUUGCGCAAUGUUUAUGAUGGUGAUGGUGUCACCUUGGACAUGGUCAUGGCUCAAGGCCAACAAGUGUAGUGCCCGCCUCAUUCGCGUGUCCUGGACGCUCGUCUCCAGUAAAAUUAUUGGAUGGCCGGAGGAGACUCCGUUGUGGUCAAACAACAUGGGGCAAUACAACUUUCUGAGCUAUGUGGGAUGCGAGGAGGAAAAACCGAGUAGCCCGUCGGAACGAGUGAUCAGGAAGAUGGCAAAAGCAGUUGGCAAGUUGUUUUGGUUAAGCAAGUUAUUAGACACCAAGUACGAGCAGGUGGACGACGAUAUCACGGAGAGUUUUUUGCAAGAGAUUAAAGCCAUUCUCAAAUCCCCUUUUGGAGGAUUAACCAGUGGUGGCAAGAAACAAGAGUGGCAACAUCUUUGUCGGUUCCUGCGUACUCUGGCCAGGGAGUUGUCUGACAAUUUUAGUGCUGUCAUAAUCUGUUUGCAUAUAUCAACAAUCAUACACCUGAGUGAGGUUUCAAGUGUGGAUGUGGAGACAGUUGGCUUGGUUUGUGUCUGCCGGAAACUGUCAAAUUAUAUGGGUAAAGACUAG